AUGGCUCCGUAUAUCAAGGGAGGCGUGUGGACUAACGUUGAAGACGAGAUCCUUCGAGCUGCGAUCGCAAAGUACGGUCUCAAUCAAUGGUCUCGAGUAUCCUCUCUCUUCAACCGCAAGAGUGCAAAGCAAGUCAAAGCCCGCUGGAACGAAUGGCUUGAUCCGUCGAUCAAGAAGCUAGAGUGGUCGCGCGAGGAGGACGAAAAACUGCUGCAUCUCGCUAAGCUUAUGCCCACGCAAUGGCGAACGAUCGCACCGAUUGUUGGCCGCACGGCCACGCAGUGCCUCGAGCGGUACCAGAAGUUGCUGGACGAUGCGGAAGCGUUGGAGAGUGGUGAGCUUGGGCUGAUGGGACCGGGAGGGGAAGCUCAUGCUGCUGAUCAGAUCAGAAAGUUGAGACCAGGAGAGAUCGAUCCUGAUCCGGAGACGAAACCCGCACGUCCUGAUGCGAUUGACAUGGACGAAGAUGAAAAAGAGAUGCUUUCAGAAGCGCGCGCUCGUCUUGCGAAUACGCAGGGCAAGAAAGCCAAGCGGAAAGACAGAGAGCGUCUUCUUGAGGAAAGUCGUCGUCUUGCUGUUCUCCAGAAACGGCGCGAGCUCAAACAGGCGGGAAUAAACGUGAAACUGAAAAAGAAAAACCGCAAUGCGAUGGACUACAACGCUGAUAUCCCAUUCGAGCACCAGCCCGCGCCAGGGUUCUACGACACCACCGAAGAGAUCAACACCAACUACCAAGACAAAGCGAUAUUCGACGCGCGAACCAAGAAAUUCGGCACCCGAAGACGCGACACCGAAGAUCCGAACGCGAGCCAUAAGCGGCAAAAGGAGGAGGGCAAGGACGCCGACGCGGCGGAUAAGCAGGCGGUGAUGCGCGCGGAGCGGUUACAAAAGUUGCAGGAAGAAGAGCAGAUUUCAAAGAGGCGGAGACUUUCGCUGCCUGCGCCGCAGGUGUCGGAAGCAGAGGUGGAUGAGAUUGUGAGGAUAGGGACGAAGGCGCCGGUGUUGGAAGAGGUUGAUGAGGAUGAAGCUGAAGACGAUAUUUUUGGGUCUGGGAGCGGAAGUGGAGGCAUUGCUGAUCUGCUAAAGAAAGGGUUUAGUAAUUUGCCAAAGCCAAAGAAUGAUUUUGAAAUCGUGGCGCCGGAGGAAGCGGAAGAAGAAGAAGAGGUUUCUCUCGCGGUACAACUGGAAGAGGCAGAGUUGGAAGAGGAUGCGGGCGAGCGAGAGCGAAAGAUUAAAGCCAUUCGAGCUAUCGAGGAAGAGCGCGCGCUGGCCAGACGAUCUCAAGUUCUCCAGCGCGGGCUGCCUCGCCCCCUGCUGAUCGACCGCAAGAGACUUGUGUCAAAGGCCGAGCUGGAGAGCAAAGACGCGGUGAUUGCGGAGAUUGCAAAGGAGUAUCGCGAUCUGGUGACUUCUGAUGCGCUGAAAUACCCGGUGCCGCAGGGACAGCUGCUGAACGCGAAGGACGCGCCGCAGCUGGAUGAUCUUGAUGAUGGGCUGAAGAAGAAGGCGAUGGCUUUGAUUGAGGAGCAGGUUUCUAGCCAGGGAGAUUUGGAGGAGUUUACAAAGAGGAUGAUGGAGUCGUUUAUUGCUCGGCCGUUUAAAUUGGCGGGGCUGUAG